AAAAGUUAACAAAUUUGGUAAGGGUUUAAAGAAUGUUGGCUGGGUGUUCAUCUACAUUGUUGUCACCAAGGCAUACUAAACCAACUGCACAGUUUCAAGCUUGUCAUUUCCCUUCAAUGAGCACACAGAGAUUGGAUUUGCCAUGUAAUACUACUAACUUCCCAAGAAAAGAGUCAGCCCGUUCGCAGCCUGUUAGGCCCGUUAGCAGUCUAUCAGUCGACAACAACAACGCGUUAGAAGCCCGAACCAGUAGCUGUUCACUUAAGCACAAUGUGGUGGAGAAAAGAAGUGAGAUUUGGGAGAAGAGUAGCAAAGGAUUGAAAAGACUUUAUGAAGAAGAACAAGGUGAGUCUUUUCGAGCUAAGAGGAAAAGGGGUUGCAAUAAAGUCGAAGAAUUUGGGGAAAACGAAGAGGAUUUGAGAUUAGGCCAAUUGGGUAGUGGGAAUUUUUGGUGUCCUGUUACUUCACUUCCAUUUUCAUUAGCUCCAAGCAAUGUAAUUUCGCCUAAUUUAAGAACCAGCCCAUGGAGUUUUGUGAAUGAAUUAGCAGAUUUAGGCGAAAAGGGUGUUGCUUCAAGUAGUCAUAGGGAACAGGUUGUUAAGGAAACUUCAUCAGGUUCGGGUUCAAGAAGCAGUUCACCCGAAAGUCAGCAAAGUUUGGAUCCACAAACGGGCGGGUUAAAUGGUGUAGGUGCACCAAACCCGAAUCAAAGUUUGGAUCUUUUGGCAGUUGGGAACGAAAGGCAUGAUGAAGAAGUUGGAUUUGAGCUCAUAAGCUUACUUUUAGCUUGUUUGGAAGCCAUUAGCACUAAGAACAUACCUGCCAUUAACCAUUUCGUCUCCAAGUUAGGCGAAUUAGCAUCACCCAGAGGCGAUUCAUCAAUCACUCGUCUUGCUUCAUACUACACAGAAGCAUUGGCUCUAAGAAUUUCAAGAAUUUGGCCCAAUAUUUUCCAGAUUUCAACCCCUCAAGAGCUUAACCAGAUCGAAGAAGAAAAUGGCGUAGCUUUACGCCUUUUGAACCAGUCAACCCCAAUUCCCAAAUUCAUUCAUUUCACAUCGAACGAGAUUCUUCUAAGAUCAUUUGAAGGGAAAGAUAAAGUUCACGUUAUAGAUUUCGACAUCAAACAAGGUCUUCAGUGGCCAAGCUUUUUCCAAAGUUUAGCUGCAAGAAACAACCCUCCAAGCCAUGUUCGUAUUACAGGUGUUGGAGAAUCAAAACAGGAUCUUAUCGAGACAGGAACUCGACUUUCAGGAUUUGCAGAGGCUUUAAACCUUGAAUUUGAAUUUCAUCCAGUUGUUGAUAGAUUAGAAGAUGUGAGACUGUGGAUGCUUCAUGUUAAAGAAGGAGAAACUGUUGGUGUAAACUGUAUCUUGCAGCUUCAUAAAAUGCUGUAUGAUGGCAGUGGAGGGGCACUUAAGGAUUUUUUCGGGCUUAUUAGAAGCACGAACCCGAGCAUUAUGGUGGUGGCAGAGCAAGAAUCAGAGCAUAACGACGCCGUGUUGGAGAAGAGGGUUUCUAACUCAUUGAAGUACUAUUCUGCUAUCUUUGAUUCCAUUGAUACUGUUUUUCCAUUACAAAACAGUUCCCGUAUCAAGAUAGAAGAAUCAUUCGGACGUGAGAUUAGAAACAUAAUUGCAUGUGAAGGACUAGAAAGAUUCGAGAGGCACGUUGGGUUCAAUCAGUGGUGGAAGACAAUGAGGGAGCUAGGCGGAUUCAGAAAUGUCGAGAUCAAUGAGAGGGAGUUUCUUCAGAGCCAAAUGAUACUCAAAAUGUACCAACAUCCAUUUGGUCCAAAUUCAUUUAAAGUAGAGAAGAGGCAGUCAGAUGGUGGGGCCACAGCCGGUAUCAGUCUAACCUGGGCCGAUCAGCCUCUUUACACCGUAUCAGCAUGGACUUCAGGUGAUCUCGCAGGAACUUCUUCAACAUACCAGCAGCAGCAGCAGUAGCAACCAUGAUGUGAAAACAACACUUAUUAGCUCAGAUCAUUGGUAUAAAGUUAACAAAUUCUUUGUAGGGGUAAAAAUUGUUAUCUAGAUCAUUCUUUCAUUCAUUUGUUGCAGAUAGAAAUUUGUUUAGAAAGGUCAUAUUUUUUUUAUCUAGAAUUUGGAGGGUAGAAUCAUUCAUUUGUAUUAGUGAGUUCAUGGAGUCAUUUUUUUUACUACUAUAAAUUCAUAUGUGAUUCUUUGGUUAUUGAAAGUGAUCAAUGCAACAUUUCCUUGUAUCUUCA